UUUAUGAUAAAAUUAUUGACAUGUGACGCAUGUGACGUUGACACAAAAAUUGAAUAUUGAACAUAUUUUUUCGAUAAAAAAAUGGUUUCUGACAAUUAUGAAAUUGAAACAAUUCGACAGGAAAUUGUUACAAAUCAUUUGGAAGUGACAGCUUUGAUACAGGAUAUACAACAAUGUACAGGACCCCUGGAAUUUUUAAACGAAUUGAACACGGAGGGAAGAGGAAAAAUUGCCGCCUUAAGAUCAAGUAUCGAUAAGCUUGUUAAUGCAACUGAAUUAGAAAUCAAUGAGAAAAAAAAGUCGGAAUUACUCCUGGAAAUAGAAAAUCAUCGAGCGCAAAUGUCGACAACAAUGAAGGCUUUUAGAAAAGCGAAUGUCAUUAGUUCGUGUGUCAUUGAUAAAAUGUCAAGGGGCGAUUUGCUGGCAUCAUCUGAAGAACAAAGUAAUAUUUUACGAAAAAGAAAAGACAAAAAAGUUCUCGUUGAUACUUCGUCUCAAUUGACUGAAAAAUUAUCGAGUAUUUCGAGGCAUUUAGCUGAAACGACACAAAGGAGCGCCGAUACACUAGAAACGCUAAUUACUUCUUCGGAAAAGGUGACUGGCACAGAAAGGGAGCUGGUAGAUCAAAGACAAGUGAUUGUUCAGUCGGGAAAACUUUUGGGAAAAUACGGUCGACGUGAAAUAACGGACAAAAUUUUAUUGGCUCUUGCUUUCGCAUUUUUCCUCGCAUGUGUGGGAUACAUUUUACAGAAGAGACUUAGCUGGUUAUGAAUUCUUCUUUGGAUAUGAUUCCGUCUUUGUCAAGAUCCAUUUUUUCGAAAAUGCGAUUUACAUGCCUGUCAACGGCGCGCUCAAUCGAUCGGGUGUUUUCCACGACUUCAUAAAUGGCACUUACAAUGGACAUCAUCUCGUUACGUGUUAUGUGUCCAUCACCAUUCAAAUCGUACAACCUAAUUAAAAUCAAUUUCCACAAUGGGAGUUGAGAAGAAAUCCACUUGUUUCAAUAAAAGUUUUCAAUAGAAUUAAAGGCGAAAACUAAAAGUUUUUUUGUUUGAAAACGUCUCCAUUGUAUAAUUAUUAAAAUGAAGACAAUUUUCGUUUUUCUGAUGAUGAUUGUUUGCGUUCUGAGUGCACCUUGGCUCGAUUUACUCUUUGGAGAGCCAUAUUACAGAAGUGAAGGAAGACAACGACAGGGCAAAAGUGGUGGCGAACGUUGGAAAGAAAUUUGCCGAACAAUAAAUCCAGACAGUUUUGCAUAUCCAGGUCGAGUUCCCUAUCCUUCAGCACCAGUUUGUCCCUGGUAGGGAAAAAUACAAUUAAGCAAAAUAUUUUAUAAGCGAAAAAUUCCAAAAAUCUGUAAAAUAACGAAAUAAUAAUUAAGUUUUUUUAAA